UCCAGAUAACUGAGAAACAGAUAAUCUACAAAAUACGUGGACAGGAAUCCAAGGAAAAAAAAGGAACAGUAAAGACGUUGAACCAGCGGACAUGUCUAGAAACUCUGCCAGCAUGAAGCAUGAAGAGGCCCAACGAAGAAUCGAGCUCAUUGGGAAGUUUGUCAAGGAGUACGAAAAGGAGAAGCAGGAGAUUGAAAAACUCCUCACAGAACUCAGUGAGAUUGCUGAUGGACUGGACAAGGUGGACAGGGACUGCACCAUUGCUAAGACCACAGGGAGCUCUGCUGGUGUAGUUGGUGGGGUCCUGAACAUUGUAGGGAUAGGCUUGGCUCCUGUUACUUUUGGAGCCUCCCUUGGACUGUCCAUUGCAGGGGCUGUUACUGCUGUAGCUGGGGCAGUCACCAGUGGUGGCGCACAAAUAGGAAAGCAUGUAAAGGAUGGCAAGGCUAAUAAAAGAGUAACGGAAAUACUGGAAAUAAUUCACACUAAAAUCAUAGCACUUUGUAAAUCGUGCAAAAUUGCACUCCCACAAUGUAAUUGGAAUAUAGAGGAAGCUGAUUUAACAAGCACUGUUAAAACAUGUCUUUGUGCUGCUGCUGCUGCUGCAGGCCUGGUUGAUGAUGCUGUUGUUGCUGCUGCAGAUGCUGUUAUUGAUGCUGCUGUAAGUCUUGAUGCUGCUGCUGGUGUAACCACAAACCCGAGUGAUAAUGGUGCUGCUGGUGGGGCUGUUGCUGGGGCUGCUGUUGGUGCUUCUGUUGUUAAUGGUGGUCGUGUUCUUGCAAGCCUGAUUGAUGAUGCGGCUGCUGCUGCUUCUGCUGGCCGUGCUGCUGCAGGCCUGCUUGAUGAUGCUGCUGCUGUGGCGCUCAAAAGCACAGGCAGAGUAGUCGGAGGUGUUGCUUCUGGAGUGUUUGUACUUUGGGAUGCCGUGCUCAUUGGUAUAAAUGCCAAAAAACUUCAAGAAGGGAGUCCAACUGAAAGAGCACAAGAGAUUCGCAAGCUGGUGGAAACUGAAGAAUUAGAACUAGCAAAACUGGAGGAGGUCAAUUCUGACAUAAAGAACAUUUUGUAG